AUGAUGGAAAGUGAAAACGGUAGGCAGCCAAAAUAUUUGCCAACUGUUUUAGCAGCAGCAUCGUUGGGACGAAAUUAUUACUAUGGUUCAGAAGCAAAUGGUUUUGCAACUGGUAGUGUGUAUCCAGCAACGGUUGCGUUUAACGAGACGACAACGCCAACUUUAAGGCGGAUACGUCCGUAUUACUCGCCCAGUUAUACCACGUAUCCGCCAAGUAUUAUGCAACCAUCGCGACGACACAUGAAAGCUCAAGAUGCCAAAUAUCCGCUAACGCUGAGAAUUAUUAUCAAAACUGCCGAACUGUGUUUGGGUGCUGCAAUCUUAGGUCUUGUAUUAGGACCAAUGCGGCAAUACUCGUUUCAUGAAUUUGUCACGAUGACAAAAACUGAAUGGCAAGGUCUGGUGGUUGGAUCUGUUUCCUGUUUUUCAGCGUUAGCCCUAUUUCUUCUCCUUACUUCUUGUAUUGCUCAUCAGCAACAAUUUUGGAAAAAAAUUGAUUAUUUUAUCAGUAUCAUUGGAUCAUUUUGCUAUCUGUUAACAGCAUUUGUGGAAGCAUAUUUUGCUGCAUGUUAUCCACCAAAUGGUGAAAAAAUAAAUUUGGUAUGUCAUCGUGCUGAAUGGAUUAUUGCUACGGUAAGCUGCAGUAAAUCAUUAAAAAUUAUGGUUACUUCUGAGAAUCAACAACAAAUACAGAUGAAAAAUGAAAACAACUGUGAAACAACUGAGUUUUUUAAGCAAAAAAAAAAAAAAGAAGAAUCUAUGCAGAACAUCUGAAA